AGGCCGGCGGCCUCCUAUGGGCUCACUCGCUCCUGAAGUCAACGACAUCGACGACCGCUCCCCGCCCAACGCGGAACCGCACUUCCGAUGAUAGUGGCUCUCAUGAGCUCCCGGCACGUCUGCUGCGUGCGAUCCUCUAGCGCACUGGCGAAAAUGCCUGGUUUUGUAACUGCGAGUUCCUCACUUCUGCAUGGCGCCGCAGGGCGCCUUGCAGUAUUUCCACCAGUCCCUACAAAGGCGAAUCUGCCCUGCAUCUUAUCUUAUCCAUCUUCCAACCAGACGCUGCCAUGUCCGCCCAAGCUACCCAAAGCUGCAAGCUACUCCAGCCUUGUCAAGCUCCAAACGGUAGGCAACACUUUGCGAGCGAUGGGCACCACACGUCAAACCUGCUGACAUACUUGCCCGGCCUGCACCGUAAGGCACCUUAGCCGGCGCUAUCCAAUGGCACAGAGAGGAUGCAUUGCCGGAUAAAGUUCUCGCUGCAAAUCCGCACCACAAC